CCGGUGCGGGGGUCUCACCUCCCUUGCAGGGUGUGCGGUGCUGGCUGUGCUGCGCGCGGUACGCCUCGAUCAUCUCCCACUCCCCGUUGUCCCUCUUGAUGGGGAAGUUGACGCUCAGGACGUGGUUACACGGUUUGAUGAUCUUCAGGAUCCCACGGACGCGCUUCCUCUUCUGUUCGGGGCUCUCCCGGGUCUUCAGGCCCUCGACGAGCUUGUCCUCCACGAUUGCAGCGCCCCGGUCGAAGAAGCCCUCCACCAUGGUGAAAAAGUUUGGGUCGUCGUCCUGGUCCACGGCCUGGCUGUAGCCACGGAAGCGCAGCAGGGACGCGGACGCGGGCAGAGCCGACUCCGCAGCAGCGGCAGCCGACCCUGAGGCCAGGACGCUGCCCGCUCCUCGGGUGAGGAACUCCCCAAAAUACCGGUCCUGAGGAAACGUCCAUAUUUAUCUGACCCCUGAAGACAUUAUGGAUGACCAACCCAAGAUUCUCGUCUUCCUGGGGGCUCCUCCUGCCUCCUCCAGCCAGGCUGUGGUGUCAGGAGCUGGGACAGUGGAACAGGAAUGUCCCCCUGUCACCUGGAGACACAUGGAACUCACCUGGCAGGAUGGUCAUCUUAAGCCUUUAACAGACAAAGCAGGAAAUGAAGUUAACCCACGGUCAGAGGAGGACCAAGCUAUACAAGUUAAUCAAUCUGAACACGGUAUAAAAAGCAAACUGGAUGAAACUCAUCCGACAUCUCAUCUGUUUUCAAAACCAGAUCCAGCAAGAGACCAUCAGUGUUCAGUUUCAGUUCACGAGUAUCUGGAGAGCUGUUUCCCUGCAGAACCAACAGAACUACAAAAAACAGAACUUCAGAAACCAGAACCACAAAAAACAGAAUCUGGAAGGCCACUUGGGUCUAAACCCUGGUCAUCAUCAGCUGUCCCUCCUCUGUCUACCCAUGCUCAGUAUCUGUCUACCUGGACUUUAAGUCAGACCUUGAUCCUGAGAAGCAGGCACUGCAGCAUCCAAUCAGCAUCCAGCCCUGAGAAAACCCCACCUCCUCAGACCCCACCCAAACACACCCAAACUCCACCAUCUGCGUCCUACAGCACCCCAGAGCUCUUCAGCCCUGUAACCUCAACACCUGAAACCCCCAAGGAGCUCUUCAGCCAACCAUGCCCGGCACUGAGGGCCCAAGAGGGGUGCGUGAUUGUUGAGGUCAACCAGGAGGGAGUUCUCUGCUCCCAGGAGGCGGAGCCACAGGUGACCAGGGCCUCCCAGAGCUCCACCUCCAGAUCCCCUGAGGUCAAGAAAGCUCGAGUCUCACAAAACAUGCCGACAGAAGCAUCUGUGGCUCCGUCAGAAAGCAAAGCCAUGGCUGGGCGAAGAGGUGCCACAACACCUCUGAUCGGGUGUAACAGAAAGGGGUCACGGUACUCUGUGUUGGUGGCAGUGGUUCACCCCUGUCACCUGAAGGAGGUAAAGGUGAAGUCCGGGCCUGCUGCAGGGACCGUUGUUCCUCUGGCGUCCAUCGUAGUAACGGACCAAUCAGCUGUUGAGAUGAAGGUUGUGCUGUGGCGGCAAGGGGCAUUCUGGGUGUUGACUGUGACACCUGGAGACAUUCUGCUCCUUACAGGUCUGCAGGUGAAUGAAGACAGGUGGAGAGGAGAGACCGUGCUGCAGACAACCUUCAGCAGCAAACUGCUCAACCUGGGACCUAUCACAACCUCCACUUCACCACCAGCUCCUCAGCUUGUUGAUACUUGCUCGCUCACCUCUCUGUGUGGGUAUCUGCGGGAGCGGCGCCCGCUCUUGGUUUCUGUUAAACUCCGCCCACCUCAGGACAUGAACCGCCUCCCCUAUGCCACCUUGAGGUCUCUGAGGGUCAACACACUGGUCCAUGCCCUGUUGCGUGUUACAAACUCCCACCUAAGCACUGCCUGGAGGAGUGAGGCGGAGUCUCGUUGCAGGGCAGCCGUUCAGAUGAAGUCUGUCCUGACUGUGGAGCAGCCUGGUGGCCAGCAGGGGGUGCUACUGCUGUGGGGGUCCGCUGUGGAAUGGUUACCUCGUUUAAGCAAAGAAAGAGCUGCAGUUUGGGACUUCCGGGUCCUCCUGGUGAGGGAAGGCUUGAUUUCUGACCUCUUUGAGCUUCACUCCACCCCCUGGAGCUCCCUGCAGCCUCUGGACCCCACCAGCCAGCGGGCUAAGGACUUCCUCAGAACACCAUCCAUCCAAUCAGGAGACAGCAGUAUAGAGCUGGAUCUAGACACGCUUUUGUCCCAGAAAUACAGCGGUAAGGUGGAGCUCAGAGUCCAGGUCAUCACCUUCCAAUUUCAGCAAGCACCUGCUUCCCAGAAUGUACCUCAUCCAGUGCUGGAUAGCUCCACAUCUCUGGAUGGUAUCCUGGAGGCGCUGAGCAGUGACAUUACAUACACAGGCUGUGGUCGCUGCGCUGCUGAGCUCGAUACAGACGCUAACAGCAUCUACGGGCCGUGUUACCCCUGCCUGCCCUGCACAGCUGUACGACGAUACUACAGGCCAGGUGCGCUGACAGUGAGUGGACGGGGCAGCAGUCAGGUGUGCGUUCAGGUUCCUCCUGUUCCUCUUCUGAAGAUCCUUGAAGCACCACCUGAUAGACUUCACCGGAGCUCAGCUCCCAGCUCAGACGUGAAAAACAUCCGGGUGGCAGCAGAGAAGAUCCAGACCCUGCUCUCCAUGAAGACCUUCAUCAUCACUGUCCACAGCCAUUUCCUGUGUGACGAAAACAGCAUCCCCAUCAGUCAGGACUUCACACUGAUGGACCUUCAGCAUCCUGUGUGACUGUAUCAUCACAGCUGGAAGACUGCAGGUCCAGGAUCAGCCUGGUCCCCUGGAUGGAGCAGUGUUAACUCUUUAAACUCUGGUUCAGUUGGAGAUAUUCCAUAUUAGAUAGAUUCUAUGUCAGGUCAACUUAACACAGCAACAAAACAUGUGUCGCUGCCAGUACAGACAUUUUUUCUUUUCUAUGCUAUUGUCAUUAUUUGUGUGUCUUUGAUUGAAUAUUUGUAAGAAUUAGUAAAUAUUAAAUCAUAAAAAAGAAA